AAAUCUUAAUAAGCAUAAUUCACACCAAAGCUCUAAUAUCUAAUCCUUUCUUCAAUCACCAAUUCACAGCUCAGAACCCACUCUUUUUGAAACAAUGUCGAUCAUCCCAAGCUUCUUUGGAGGUCGAAAAACAAAUGUGUUUGAUCCAUUUUCGCUAGACAAUUGGGAUCCUUUUGAUGGCAUUUUCAGCUCGGUUCUUGCCAAUAAUUCACCUUCCUCGAUAGGACGUGAGGCGUCCCAAUUCGUAGCCACAAGGGUUGAUUGGAAGGAGACGCCAGAAGCGCAUAUUUUCAAAGUAGAUCUUCCCGGGCUGAAGAAGGAAGAAGUGAAAGUCGAGGUGGAAGAAGACAGGAUUUUGCAGAUAAGUGGAGGUCGAAUGACACGCUCAUAA